AUGGGAAAUUUUGUAGUCUUUUUUCAAGAUGCUACUUCCUAUGUCGUUUCAAGCCAGCACUUUGAGGGCCUCGGCUUGUUAAAUUACCUGAUAGAGGCUGAACUCCAGAAAGCCGUAUUCCAAGACCCCAAAGAGCCUGUAGUAGAGGAGAAAAAAUCGGAUGCAUUGGUUGGAUCCCGUUGUGACAAAGCCCGAUUUCACAAACGCUAUCUGGCAAGUCGGCCAGAUCACUUGAUUCCUCAGAUAGAAGUUCACUAUCUGCUAGUGGAGGGUAAAGCAGGCGAAAUGGCCUCGAACAAAGAUGCCUCGGACGUCUUGGAUGAACACAAACUGUCACCAAUGAAAAAGGCUAUUCUGCUUGGAGGUGAAGUGGUCUCUGCCAAACUGGACCAUCCAGCAUCACCGCGGGGCCACUUGCUUGCCUGUCCUAAAGACGAGACCAAUAGCAUUAGGGAACAGCGGGAGGGUGGCACAUCAAAGGGCUCAGUUGUCAGAGCGAGGGUAAAGGAGUUGCAAAAUCUGGGCAGGAAAGAACCUCUUCGUGUCGAUCCGACCUGCCGACCUGCUCAAACCUCUCGAGGAUGCAUGCCCAAGCAGCUACCGGCCCCAGCAACCGGGGCCAAAUUGGUCUGUUCGCCCAAGUACCCGCUUCACAGGCUAAGGGAGGGCGCAAUCGGUCGUCAAGACUCCACUCGGCCGCCUCAUCAUGGCUCCUCGUUGGAUGAGGCCAAGUCCGUCUCGCCGGAGGGACAUCCGAGAAGAGGCUAUCUCCUGCCAAGUAUGGAGUUUCGAGGUGGCGAGUCUAAGCGUCGACCUAUCCGUCGGCCAGCGGUUGUCAACGAGAUGAGCUUUCCUCCUCUCCUCCUCAGGCCUGCCGGGAAUGGGGCCUCUGGAGAGGUGGAAAGAGGACUCUUGGAAGCCUGUCUUCUGGCCACCUCCACAAUUCCAGUGCAUAGACAGCGCAUGAACAAUUGGCCGAUUUAUCCUCCUUCUCGUCUCUGUGCCGAUCAUAGGUUUGUUGGAAUUGCCUUUUUCAUUAUGUUUAUUGACCUUAAAACCUCAUACCAACUCAUUCCGAUGCCCCCUAAUAGGCACUUUGCCGCUCGACCCGAUCCAUCUUCGGAUGGAGAAACAAAAUCACCCAAACUCAUAGUAUCCAAGAUAGGAAUUAUAAUCUGUAGCCGUGACGCUGAUGCAUUGCAUUACUCCGAAACUACAUUUGUUUUUGUGCCACAAUGUUGCUAA